AAUCAUAAUACUGCCAUAUGCGAUCAAAAUCAUUCUGCUCUGCUGUGGAUUCCUGAUUGAUUUGGAUUUCUGUAAGUUGGAGUGCGUGUCCAAAGAAGCCCAAUUGACGCUCAGCCUUUCUUCCGUCAUCGGACAGACAUUUAGCUUCUUUAGACACGGGCGAGCGAGUUGAUAACAUUAAACUUCUUUUGAUAGAUCUGUGAAUUUGUUUCUGUUUUUGAGCGAAGAAAUUCCUCGCCCGAUCCAUCCUUCUACAGUGUUGUUAAAUCUUUUCUACAAGGCAUCUGAUUAUUGACUUGCUCCAGAGGCACUACAGAUUCAAUCUGUGUGAAGUGAUCUUGACGUCUAUAAAAGGAAGUGGAAGUUGAAAAUAUCUACAAUGGCUGUGUCAAUGAAAAAUAUUGAUCCUGCUUUUCAAGGAGUGGGUCAAAAAGUUGGUAUGGAUAUUUGGCGCAUUGAAAAUUUUCAACCUGUUCCUUUACCAAAAUCUGAAUAUGGUAAAUUUUAUUCUGGAGAUUCAUAUGUUGUUUUGCAGACAACUUCUGGAAAGAGUGGAACUUAUCAAUAUGACAUACAUUUCUGGCUUGGGAAAGAUACUAGCCAGGAUGAAGCUGGAACAGCGGCUAUCAAGACAGUUGAGCUUGAUGCAGCCCUAGGAGGCCGUGCUGUGCAAUACAGAGAAAUACAAGGCCAUGAAACAGACAAAUUUUUAUCAUAUUUCAAGCCUUGCAUCCUUCCUUUGGAAGGAGGUGUGGCUUCUGGAUUCAAAAAGCCAGAGGAAGUCAAGUUUGAAACAUGCUUAUAUGUAUGUAAAGGCAGACGAGUUGUACGAAUGAAGCAGGUCCCGUUUGCUCGGUCUUCACUGAAUCACGAUGAUGUUUUUCUUCUGGACACUGAGACAAAGAUCUACCAGUUCAAUGGGUCUAAUUCUAAUAUACAGGAAAGGGCAAAAGCUCUGGAAGUUGUUCAAUACUUGAAAGAUAAAUACCAUGAGGGGAAGUGUGAAGUUGCAAUUAUUGAUGAUGGCAAACUUCAAGCAGAAGCUGACUCCGGGGAAUUUUGGGGUCUAUUUGGAGGUUUUGCUCCCAUUGGAAAGAAGAUUGGCAGUGAAGAUGAUGCUAAUAUGGAGAUUACUCCUGGAAGGAUGUACAGUAUUGUGGAUGGACAACUUAAGAGCAUUGCAGGACCCUUGUCUCGGGGGAUGUUGGAAUCAAACAAAUGUUAUUUACUUGACUGUGGAGCUGAGAUCUAUGUUUGGGUGGGUCGUGUAACCCAGCUGGAGGAGAGGAAAGCUGCAAGUUCAGCUGCAGAUGAAUUCGUAUCCAGUCAGAAAAGAUCAAAGUAUACAAGCAUUAUACGAGUCAUUCAAGGGUUUGAGACACAGACUUUUAAGUCAAAAUUUGAUUCAUGGCCUCUCACUGGUGGAAAUUCUGGUGCUGAAGAUGGUAGAGGCAAAGUUGCUGCCUUGCUGAAGCAGCAAGGAGUUGAUGUCAAAGGGAUGAUGAAGGCGACUCCAGCUAAAGAAGAGAUUCCACCCUUGCUUGAAGGUGGUGGAAAGCUGGAGGUAUGGCGGGUCAACAAUAACUCCAAAACUCCUGUUCGUAAAGAAGAGAUUGGAAAAUUUUAUGGUGGAGAUUGUUAUGUCAUUUUGUAUACUUACCAUUCUGGGGAUCGGAAGGAGGGAUAUUAUCUUUGUUCCUGGCUGGGGCAGGAGAGCACACCGGAAGAUCAAACUACUGUGGCUCGCUUAAUAAACACAAUGGCAAACUCUUUGAAAGGGAAACCUGUACAGGGUCGAAUUCUUCAGGGAAAAGAGCCUGCUGAAUUUAUUGGUCUAUUCCCAAACAUGCUUGUACUGAAGGGUGGACUGAGUGUUGGCUACAAAAAAUUCAUUGCUGAUAAAGGUGUAAACGACGAUACAUACAAUGGUGAUUGUGUAGCCCUCAUUCAGGUGUCUGGUUCAGGGCCACACAACAGUAAAGCGGUGCAGGUUGAUCCGGUGGGAACAUCUUUAAAUUCUACAUCUUGCUUCUUGUUACAAUCUGGAUCAUCAUUUUUCACUUGGCAUGGGAAUGCAAGCACAUUGGAGCAACAGCAAUUAGCAGCCAGAAUUGCAGAGUUCCUUAAACCUGGUGUUACUUUAAAGCAUGCAAAAGAAGGGACAGAACCUGCAGGCUUUUGGUAUGCGUUGGGUGGGAAGCAGAGAUAUGUAAGCAAGAAAAUAGUGCAGGAAACUGCCAAGGAUCCUCAUUUAUAUGCUAGCACAUAUGAAAAUGGAAAAUUGGAGGUGACUGAAGUCUUCAAUUUUACUCAAGAUGACUUGUUAACAGAGGAUAUCAUGAUCCUGGAUACACAUGCUGAAGUUUUUGUCUGGGUUGGACAACAUGUUGAUACCAAAGAAAAGCAGCUAGCUUUUGAAAUUGGGAAGAAGUAUAUGGAACGUGCAGCCUUGUUGGAAGGUUUAUCUCCAGAUAUACCACUGUACAAAGUUACAGAAGGGAAUGAACCAUCUUUCUUUACUAAAUAUUUCACUUGGGAUUCUUCCAAGGCUGCUGCCCAGGGAAAUUCAUUUGAAAAGAAGCUUGCUACUCUACAGGGAAUACCUAUUCAGGCCAUUGAGAACCUAAAGAAGCGAGUCUCAACAGCUGAUACUGGCGCAGAGAAUCAAGCAUCAUUUUCUGAUAGCUCUAAUGGAUCAAAGCAAAGUGGCCCAACUCAAAGAGCUUCGGCAUUAGCUGCCUUGAAUUCUGCUUUCAGUUCAAGCACUGGAAGUAAACCUGUACCAAGACCUGCAAAAGCGUUUGGCACUUCAAAUCAGUCUUCCCAGAGAGCAGCUGCUCUUGCAGCUUUAUCUACAGCAUUGGAUGCUGAGGCAAAAACAGGUUCACCUGUAAAGACUAAUGUAGUCAAUGAUAAUAAGACAUCUGCUGAGACAGGUUCAGAAGUACCUGAUGACAAAUCAAUUACUACAGUAAGUUCUGAAGCAGAGGAAAGCUUAUCAAAACAGGAUGAUUCAACGGCCCAAGAAGGAACAAAAUUAGAAGAGAGCAGCUCAGAAACUAACGGAGAAGAAAUUUCUGAGACAAAAGUGGUUGAAGUUGAGAUAGAAGAGAAUGGAAGCUCAGACACUUACAGUUAUGAGCGUCUGAAGGCUAAAUCCACCAAUCCAGCUCCUGGAAUUGACCAUAAAAAAAGAGAGGCAUAUUUAACAUCAGAGGAGUUUGAGAAGAUUUUUGGUAUGGACAAGAAAAAAUUCUAUGACCAGCCUAAGUGGAAGCAGGAUAUGCGGAAGAAGGCUGUUGAUUUGUUCUAGCCUAGGUCCUACAGUCAAUAUUUUUGGUGUUAUUUUAAGUCAAGUCGGAAAUUAAAUGUGUUUUUAUCUGCUUACAGUUAUUUUCCUGGUCCAGAGAUUAGGCACUUAGAUUCUGAAGAGUAACCUGCAGAAUGUAUUUCCAACCAUUCUUUAAUUUGUAUACUAGUUUUCUUCCUAGGAUUCAAAACAUUCAAGGGAUCAUUGCCUGUAAGGUUGUCAGGUUUGUGUCUUUGUAUUAUGCUUUGUGAGUGUAUUUGUGAGGCUUCUUAAUGACUUCAAGGACAUAUCUGUAAAUGCAUCUGUCAAAACUUGAUAAGUUUAAUCAUGUGGAAGUAAUUGGCUGUAACAUCGGGAUCUUUUGUUGGUAUUUGGUGCCUUUGGAGAGCUUCAUGGCCUCUGCAGUGAAGUUCACUCAAUUGAGAUGUAUUGCUGUCAGUUCGGUCUAAUUUAUCCUAUACUGGACUGUAUAUUUAGGACCUUGGAAUACAUUCUGUUUAAUUUUUUACGAGAA